GGAACCCUAUUCUUAUUUUUCAGUGCAGUUGUUGGUGGACGGUUUGACAGCGCGAUGACAGCUCGUAGCGCUACGGAAAUUUGCAAAUGGCGACGGUGGGGCCAGGAAAGCCAACCAAAUACAGCUUCCUUAUUUCUGAUACAUCCUAAUUGGUCUGUAUUCAUCUUUGGGUGCGGGGGACAAUCGAAAUUCAAGAUCGACGGUAUUGUAAAAAGCUGAUAGCAUGACGACUAGCAGUGAGGACGUGCUAUUGCAAAUGGGUGAAGUGCGUUACAAAAAGGGCGACGGUACCCUCUAUGUAAUGAACGAGCGUCUUGCUUGGAUGGCAGAGAACCGCGAUACUGUUGCAGUGUCGCAUCGCUUUGCCGAUAUCAAAAUGCAGAAAAUAUCACCUGAAGGCAAGCCUAAGGUGCAACUUCAGGUCGUAUUGCAUGACGGUAACAGUUCCACAUUCCAUUUCGUCAACCGUAAUGGCCAGCAGGCGAUGCUGGCUGACCGUGAUAAGGUGAAAGAACUGCUGCAGCAGCUGUUGCCAAACUUUAAACGAAAAGUGGAUAAGGAAUUGGAAGAGAAAAAUCGUAUACUUUCGGAAAAUCCAAAUCUUUUGCAACUUUAUAAGGAUUUAGUAAUAACACAAGUACUCACCAGUGAAGAAUUCUGGGCCACACACGCCAAGGAUCAUGCCAUGAAAAAUGUUAACAAAAAGCAAGAUAUUGGUGUAUCUGGUGCCUUUCUUGCUGAUAUCAAACCACAAACGGAUGGUUGCAACGGCCUGAAAUAUAAUUUAACACCCGACAUAAUCUUAUGUAUUUUUAAGACCUAUCCCGCUGUAAAGCGAAAGCACCAAGAAAAUGUACCAGCCAAAUUGUCGGAGGCGGAAUUUUGGACAAAGUUUUUCCAGUCGCAUUAUUUUCAUCGUGAUCGUAUUACAGCGGGCUCUAAAGACAUAUUUACGGAAUGCGGGAAAAUUGAUGAUCAAACGUUAAAAGCUGCAGUACAACAAGGUGCCGGAGAUCCACUGCUCGAUCUUAAACAGUUUGAAGAUGUGCCGCUAGAAGAAGGUUUCGGCAGUGUUAAUGGAAAUCGCAAUAUAGCGAAUAGUGGCAACAUUGUGCACCAGAAUAUGAUAAAGCGAUUUAAUCAGCACUCAAUAAUGGUGCUUAAAACAUGCACAGAUGUAGCUGGCAGUUCUACUUCAACUGCCAAUGGACCUGCUAAAAUUAAAGAUGCAAAAAGCACAGAGCAUGCUACUGCAAAUGGUGGUACUGAAAAAUCAAAACAUUCAAAGGAUGGCAAAGGUACUGAUGCUGAUAAUCAUGUCGCAGCCAAUGCUGUCGCUGGAAGUCCACUUAGACCAACAAAACGCCAACGUAUUAUGGAAAAAAUACACUUUGAAGAUCUUGGUGAUCCACUAAUAGAGUCAGCUGAUGCUAAUGAUGCCAAUAAAAAACCUAAGAAAUCACAACAGCUGUCACUAGCAAAAGAGGAACGUUAUUUACACGGUCCAGUGCCAAUUACUGGCUAUGAUAUGCAAGAGGACCCGCGACGCAUGGAAGAAGUGCAGUAUCAUUUAAUGCGUGCCACAGAAACUUGGACACAGCGUACACCGCAUAAAGUUUUGGUUAGCUCAACGGCAGCGGUAAAUGCGCUCGGCGAGCUGAGUCCGGGUGGUGCGCUUAUGCGUGGCUUCCAUGACCAAUCAGCUGGACAGUUAGUGCCACCUGACUUCGAAAAGGACUUGCGUAAUCUAUAUUUAUCAUUGUCAGAAUUGUUGAAACAUUUCUGGAAUAGCUUCCCACCAACAACCGCAGAAGCCGAGGAAAAGGCUAUGCGCAUGCACGAGGCUCUCCAACGUUUCAAAAUGGCCAAACUUGUGCCGUUCGAGAGUCGCGCAUUGCAUGAAUUAUCACCAUUGGGUGCAUCGUUGACGCAGCAUUUGAAUCGUUUAUUGCAGGCGGCAAAUGCAAAAUUUGUUACAUGGCAGGACCGCAAAAUGCGCCAGCAUAGGUAGCAACCGUCAGUUCAUUUGCAUGCGCCAGCUUUGGUUGUUACCAGUAUGCAACGACAAAGCAGCAAUAAUGUCAACUAUACCUAAAAAUCAACGCAGUCUCGCUACAUAUACAUAAUUAUAAAUGCUAAAAGCUCAUUAAAAUAGUUUACUUUCACCUAUUCAAACAAUUUAUAAGUUAUCAGUUCAGUUAUUUAAUACAAACAUAAUUUUCUGUUCGUUCUAUUAUUACAAAGGUUUACAAACUUAUAUAUCCGUAUGUUGUUCGGCAUGCUGAAUGCUAAUCCGAGUUCCCUUAGCCUUCAUCACGUCAGGUUCGUGAUCAAUUGAAGGCCAAGUAGGGAAAAAUUCAUUGAAUAAACCUGAUUUUUUUUUUUGUAAACCUGUGUUAAUUACACAAAAAUGAAAAGAAUAUUAUGUUCUAAAUAGUUCGUUAACAUUGAUAUAAAAUAAAAGAUAAUUAGAAUUAAAAACUACAUUAAAAAUA